AUGCGGCCCUUAGUCGAGAGCGAGACGAAAAUCGUCUUUGACAAGCUGGCCAACUACCUGUCGGACCUCAAGAGUCUGAUCGCGCCGCUCGACGACGGCGACCGCUACGUCUUCCGCCUCAACCACUCGCGCGUCUACUACGUGCGCCUGUCGAUUGCGAACUUAGCCACGAGCAUUAGCCGCGACAAGCUGCUCAGCGUCGGCACCUGCCUAGGCAAGCUGACCAAGUCGGGCAAAUUCCGCCUGCACAUCACAGCGCUCCCGAUCCUGGCCGAGCACGCGAGACACAAGAUCUGGGUGAAAGAGAACGGCGCGCAGCCGUUUCUGUACGGGUCCAAUGUCGUCAAAGCGCACGUGGGCCGCUGGACCGAGGACUGCCCGGAGCACUCGGGGUGCGUGGUGUACAGCAUGGCGGAUGUGCCGCUGGGGUUCGGCGUGACGAGCCGGUCGACGGCCGACUGCCGGAGGCUGGAUCCGACGGGCAUCGUGUGCUUCCGCCAGGCCGACUGCGGCGAGUACCUGCGGGACGAGGACACGCUGUUUGCCGGCGGCGUGUAA